AUGCUGUGGGCGACCCAGCAAGUACAGCGCGACUUCCAAGCGACGGCGAACAAACAGAACAUUGCCACAGACUCCGGGAUCAUCGAGGAAAUCCAGUGUAUAAACUUCAUGUGUCACGAACACUUGACAGUAACGUUGGGACCAUUGAUCAACUUCAUCAUUGGCCACAACGGCAGCGGCAAGAGCGCAGUGCUCACAGCGCUUACCAUUUGUCUGGGAGGCAAGGCCACGGCAACAAAUCGAGCGCAGAAUCUCAAGAGCCUGAUCAAGGAGGGAAAAGAUCAUUCCAGUGUUCAGGUCCGCAUCAAGAACCAGGGUGCACUCGCGUAUAAGCCCGACCAGUACGGAGACUCCAUUACCGUUGAGCGCCACUUCAACAGGUCCGGGACCUCUGGCUUCAAACUCCGAGACCAGAAUGGCAGAGAACUCCAACUGGAAGUGCUGAGCAAGGAUUACCAACAAAUUGAGCAGUCCUUGGAACUCAUGAACACCCGGACAGAAAUCAGUAAAGGCGAUAUUGGAAGACUGCGGAAAAAAAUGGAGGACUUGGCCGCAAAAGCUCGCCGUGCGGAGAGUCUGGAGCGGAUGCGGGCCAAGGAGACGACUAUUGCGCACCAGGCACUUUGGGCCGCCGUACAGGAGGCCGAGGCAGGCGUAGCUGAAGUCGAAUCAGAACUGGAGAAAGUGUCUGCAGUUAUAGAGCGUCGGAAAGCAUUGGUGGAAGAAGCAUCCCAAGCAUACGAGCGCUCGGAGGAAGCCCGCGAUGCAGCGACCCUGCGAGUCCAAGAAGCCACAGAAUUGAUGACACCUGCGAAGGAAGAAGUUCAUGAGCUGAAAGAGGCCUUUACGAAGAUCAAGGACAGACUUAGGGCGCUUCUGCCUGACGAGCGCAAUGCCGAAUCGCAAGUCGCGGCCAAGAAGCGCAGAGUGGAUGAGUACAGGGCGGAAAUCGAAGAAUUGCGUCGACGACAAGAAGAAGCCGAUGACGGUGUAUAUGCAGAAAAGCUACGACAGGUGGAAGACGCAAAGGCCAGGCACGAAGAAGCUCAAGAAGUGUACCGAAGUCAUGGUGCCGAACAUCCUGCCCUCCAAGAGCAGUUCAAGGCCGUUCAGAAAGAAAAGCAGAUUGCAGACCAAAAAGUCCAGAAAGCUCGAGACGAAGAGCAAGCAACUCAGCGAACCAUCCAAAGUCUUCAAGGCGGUCAGCGUGGGUGGAUCGAAGGUUAUUCACAGCCUCACAACCUGCAGCAGCUACUAAAAGCGAUCGAUUCCAACAAUCAAUUCCGGGAAAAGCCGCUCUUGCGGUCUGAAUGGGGCUACAUCCUGGAGAAGCAGUUUGGUGCCAGUCUGAACGCAUUCGUUGUGACCAGUCGCGCGGAUCAGACCAUCUUGUCCGAUUUGAUGAAGAAAUGCAGUUGGGUGGCACCAGUUUUCAUUGGGAAGUCGGAUCCGAUUAAUACAACAGCACAUGAACCGGACCCGAGUCUACUGACCUGGAUGAGAGCCCUGAACAUUGAUAACGAUCUCGUCCGCAAUCAAUUCAUCAUCAACCAGUCCUUUGAGCAGACGGUGCUCAUGGAAUCGCGGAAUGAGGGCCUAAGAUUCAUGGAAGGCCGUGGACCGCUGACUCGCAAUGUGAAGAUGUGUUUCACUUUCGCCGAUGGCAACAAAAGGAGAGGUCGCACUAUCAACUAUACGGCCAGCGGUGGCACGAACGACAGUCCCAUCGACGAAUUUAGGGGAGCCUUGCGGAUGCAAGCGGACAAAGGAGAUCAAAUCAAAGAAGAGCAAGCACGUCUUGCAAGCCUUCGGCAAGAGACGCACAAUCUCGAGCAGGCAGCCGCCGACCUGCAAAGCCGCCUCAACACUGCAAGAGCUAGAGAGCAAGACCAUGUCCGGGAAAACAAGAGGCUUAAGCUUGCUUUCCAGCAGGCUGCUGAUGCACUCGGGCGGCUCGAAGACGAACUGAGCAAAGCCACACCUGAUGCAGCAGCUAUCGAUGUUCUUGAAGAGAACCUGGCGGUAGCCGUCAGGGAGGUAGCAGAGGCUGAGGGUGUCUACGAAGACAUGAUUGUACAGAAAAGCGCGCUCAACACAGAGAAUAGGGAAAACAAGCGGAAGCUCGAAGCUGCCGGAGCAGACGAUCUUAAGAAGAAGAACCAAGCCAUCCUCCAAGUCACGGCAGCAGAAGAGAACAAAAAGAUCUGGGAGGAAGAGCGAGCAUCAGCGCAGGUGGAACUCGAUACAGCCAUUAAGGCAGCUGAGGAAGUAUGUCCGCAGCGUGUGGACGUCCCCGAAGGCAAGAAGGCCACUGAGCUCGGCAAUAUGCUUGAAAAAUUGCGCAACACGAGGAAAGUGGCUGAGAAGGAGUUGGGUGGCUCACAGGACCAGCUGCUGCGAGAAGCCAACGAAGCAAAGAGAGUGCACCAGGAGGCGAGAAAGGAGUUUGAAUCGCUGGAAGGACUCAAGACGCACCUUAUCAACACGGUCAACAAUCGCCGACAGCGGUGGCAGCAGUUCCGCUCAGGCAUCUCGGUUCGAGCCCGUGUCACGUUCAACUACCUCCUCAGCGAGCGCAAGUUCCGUGGCACCCUUAGUAUCGAUCAUAAGAAUGGUCUGCUUGAUAUCCAUGUCCAACCGGACAUUACAGAACGAAGCGGCGAUGGCAGACAGACGAAGACGCUCUCCGGCGGUGAGAAGUCCUACUCGACUGUUUGCCUGCUGCUUGCACUAUGGGAUGCCAUGGGUUCACCUAUCCGCUGUCUCGAUGAAUUCGAUGUUUUCAUGGACAGCGUCAAUCGUGAACGCAGCAUGAAGAUGAUCAUCCAGGCUGCGCGACGUUCGAUUGGUCGACAGUUUAUUUUCAUCACGCCGCAAGCGAUGAACAACGUGGACCACACGUCGGACGUCAAGAUCAUUCGCAUGACCGAUCCUGAGCGCAACCAGACGGCGCUCAACUUCCGGCAGUCGUGA